UCGUAAAACAUUGAAUUGUCGUACUUACGGCGUCAGCACAAAACGUUUUCGACCUGCGCGCUAAGGAAAAACAGCAAUCAUGGCGGACAAUAAUGCCGAUUGGCGAAGUCCCGCGUUCCGACAGAAAGUUAUGGCUCAAAUCGAUGAUGCGGUCCGUGCGGCAGGAAACCCGACCUCCAAGAGCAGCAUGGAGAUGGAGAACCACGUGUUCCAGAAGGCAAAGAGCAGGGAGGAGUACCUGGCGCUUGUGGCACGACUCAUCUUGCAUGUUCGUGACAGCCAAACCAAGAAAGACCAACAGAGACAAGGCGGAGGUCCUCAACAAGACCCGAUGAACGCACUACAGAACCUGACCUCCCUGUCCCAGGGACAGCCUUCCCAGCAGGCCAUGCAGAUGUCACAGCCUUCCCAGCUUGCCUUGCAGAGUCAGCUGGCCCAGUCUACCCAGCAGGCCAUGCAGCAGCAGAUGUCCCAGCAGCAGCAGUUUCAGCAGCAGCCCCCUCCGCAGCAGUUCCAGCAAUCCCAGCAGCCCUUUCAGCAUUCCCAGCAGGCAUUUCAGCAGUCCCAGCAGCCGUUCCAGACUUCCCAGCAGCCUUUGCCACCGCAGCCACCACAGCCAGGGGGCCAGGCAAGAAUGGGUCCCACAAUGCAACAGCAGCAGCAGCAAGCCCAGUUCCAGGCUCAGCAGAGGCAACAGUUCCAGGGCCAGACUCGUGCACAGCUUGUACAACAACAGAUACAGCAGCGACUACAACAACAGCAGCAGUUACAACAGCAGCAACAGCAACAACAACAACAACAACAGCAGCAACAACAACAGCAACAACAACAACAAAAUCUGAUGCAACAGCAGUUACAGCAGCAGCAGUUACAACAACAACAACAACAACCAGCUCUACAGAGACAGCAGAACAUAGGAGGGCUGCUGUCUCCCAGUCAGCAGCUACAAGGCCAGAGUCCCGGCUCUGUUCAGGUGGCAUCCCCUGCCCAGAGCAGUGCCAUGCAGCGGCCGGUGGCCUCCCCCGCGCAGACGAGCUCCAUGCAGAGGCAAGUGGCGUCUCCAGCCCAGACCACCACCAUGCACAGACAGGUGGCGUCACCUGCGCAGACCGGCUCCAUCCAGAGACAGGUGGCCUCACCUGCGCAGCCUGGCUCCAUGCAGAGGCAAGUAGCAUCUCCCGCUCAGCCCGGGUCGGUCCAGAGACAGCACACGCCACAGUCAGGUUCUCAGUCCGCGGCUUCCCCAGCGACCAUGCUGCCCAGCCCGUCCCCCCAGCCAAGCAUGGCCCCCUCCCCGGCCAGCGCAACUGCUCGCACUCCUGCUGGGGUCCAGUCUCCUGUUUCACUCAAUACACCUGGUAACCCCGGAUCUGUGGGGAUGGCGGCCAGCCCUCGCAACCCGACUGAGGAGCAGGCAUACCUUGAGAAGUGGAAGCAGCUGUCCAAGUACAUCGACCCGCUGCAGAGGAUGAUCAAGAGAGUCAGCAACACUGACGCCAGCACGGAUGGACAGGCCCCAUCUACAGAGCACAAGAAGGAUCUUAGCAAGAUGAAGAACUUGUUAGAAAUUCUCACUGACCAAAAGAAAAGACUUCAGUACCAAACAUUGCUGAAAUGUGAGCAAGUACUCGAGAAGCUGGAGCUGCAAAUGAAAAUGAGCCAUACCACAAGUACAACCACCACCACAACAACGACCACCCCUGCUCAACUGCCCAAGUCCCAGCAGCACAUGUGCCAACCCCUGCUUGACGCGGUAGCCAGCCAACUCGGAUCCCCCAUGCUAAACCACACCCUCAAGAGGACGUUUGGACCAGCACUGACAGCGCUGCAUGGGCCACCUAUCUGUUUUCCAGGCCCCCCACCCAAGCGGCAGAGAAUCAUUCCCCGCCAGGAGUGCAGCAUCCCCAACAUCCUCCAGGGGGAGGUCGCCAAGCUGGACCAGAAGUUCAAGGUCAGCCUGGACCCCACCCAGAACAACAUCAGCACCUCCGUCCAUCUCGUCUGCAGACUGGACGACAGGUCCCUUCCCAGUGUGCCUCCCAUCUUCGUGGUCGUGCCUGAGCAGUACCCAGAAGAAAGCCCACAAUGCACAGCAGAGUCACAUGAUUAUGACUCGACAUCAUUUCUACAGACGGUGAAGAAGUCUCUGGAUCUGAGGUUGCUAAAACUGCCCGACCAACAUUCACUCACACAGCUGUUAGGGGCAUGGGAAAUGAGUGUUAGACAAGCCUGUAAGGAGGCUGUAGCCAUCACUACCUGAUUGUUCAACACAUGGUCAGAGAUUUUCAACCCAAAGUCCAUCUGUACAACCCAAGAGGCUGCAUCAGCACUCACGUUCAAUUGGCACACCAUAGUACCAAGUCUUGUUACAGAAAUGUGACGGCUGGAUCCAGUAAGUUCUGGAGGAAAUAUUUAAGUGCUGCAGCUAUGAUUGUGCCAACUCAUGCCACAGUCACAGUCCAAAACGUUUUCAAGGAAAUGCCAGUGCAAUGGAGCACUCAAGCGACAGUUUUUGUGAAAGGGAACCCAAAAUAUACAUUUGUAAUAGGGUGGCCACUGGCCAGGGAAGAGCUGAAUAUGGCCAGUUUUUACCAUGUGGAUACUUCACCUCCUUUGGUCACUAGUCUUCAAAUUUGCACUGAUCCCAUGGCCCCAAAGUAUCUCUGCCAGUAAUGUGAGUAGUCUGGAUUGAGAGAUACUUCUGUUGUUUCUAAGAUGUUUGUUUCCACCAAGAGGUGGAGAUAAAAAGUGCCUCUCUGGAUUAUGCAAAUGAACUUCCGUGCUAAGAGGAACUUUAUUGUUGUCAUCAACUUAGUAAGCUUUCCCAAGAAUUCAAAGAAGUAUCUUGUGUUAAGUUAUUGGGUUACAUGUCAUGUAUAUCUGCCACUUUGAAAAACAGUUUUUUUUAAAGAGAUCUCAAGUGCAGCACCUCCCAAUUAUGCAUAAUUUAGAUAUUAUGCAGGAGCUCAUUAUACUGUGGGAUGUUGCAUCAGAGAUAUCUUCAGUGCGCAGAUAUAUGUGACUGUACAGAAUUAUGACAGUAGACGUUAUAUUGUCUGUGCAAUGGUAUACAUUGGAAAAUACAUGUCAGUGAAAUGGUCUGUGGAUGAUAAGUGUUUAAGUUUCAAUCUUGCGAUGUUUCAUAAGACAUAAGCGAGAUGCAUAAGAUUAUACAUUAAUCACUCAAGUUUUUCCCAGUCACAAUGAAUGUACUUGAGUAUAAUAUGCCACUGUUUGUAUGACAAUUAUUACAAAGGGAUGGACUGGGAACAACACACAGUAUGUAUGAUGUGUGAAAAAUGAAGAAAUUCUUCACAUAGGAAGGAAAAUGUGAAAAUUAGAAUUUUCACAAGAGUUAUAUGAAACUAACUUGAGCUGACUUAUUUUUAAACUCUCGUACUAGACGUGGUCUACUUCUCUCAUAGAACAUUUUUGUGGAUGUUAAGAUAAAUGAGGUGAAGUCUACAGUCUACUGCAGUAGUGUGCUUCAGCCUCUGAGGCUAUAGUACAUGGUACUGACUUUUUGUAGUGGACUUUGACUUCUCUUUGCACCCAGAAAAAAAGCUGUAGUCUGCGGGAGAAGUAGACUACAGCAGUUUAAAAACAAGUGUAAAGCCUGUCUAAGCAAAAAUGUCUACACAAAAGUGUCCAGCAACAUUUUCACAUAUAAACCUGUGCAUUAUUCCUUAUUUGUCAACAUUAGACCUUCUCAAUCAUUCUGAUUGACACAGUAGAUGUUCGACCAAUGGGCAGAAGUACCAUGUGUCAAAUACCAUGGCUGCACACAAUGUAAGACAAGUCUCAUGCUUUGUAAGCAUCAUUAUGUUUUUCUACAUCUUCUGCCCACUUAUGUAUAGAUUGAUGUGCAAACAGAAUUAUUAUUAUAAUGAACAGUGUCCAAUGUCAAUUCUUUGCUAAGAAAGAAAACUUCACAGUGGUUGAUUUUGUUCUUGUCAAGAAGGAUUAUGUUGCCAGUGAAAUUUUCCAACAUGUAAUGAUAUUCCAGAACAUGUACACUGUAUAUGAAUGAGAAUUGUCACUCUUUUGUGAUUGAGCUCAAAUACAUGAAAAUGAACAACUUGA